AUGGGAAAGAACCCCAGAAUGCAGGGCUCCAGCAGUGGCGAAGCUCAUCUGGUCCCAUCACCUCUCCAACACUUGCUGAAACCAAGGCCCUUAGAUCAGGGACAGACUACAGCCCAAGCCCUCCCAGAGCUCCUAAGGAAGGCCCCCUAUGCCCCUCGGCCAUGGGAGGGGCUAGGGUUGGGGGGUGUUGAGAAGCAGCUUGUCCGGGUGAGGAUGAGGCAGGGCAGUUCCCGCCGGUGGGGUGUGCCCACGUGCCAGAGCUGGAGAGAACCAAAGGGUGCUGGAGGAGGAAACCGGCGGAGCAGCUUCCCCACUCUCAGUUGCGCGUCUGGCGAUGGCGAUCAGAGGUCCUGCUGCGCUCCCUGCCGCGCUCUCCCUCCAUUAGCCGCGCUGCGCGGUGCUGCGCCCUCGCUGGUGCCCCUCUCCUGGGUCCCGGGAUCGGUCCGCCUUGCAGGCACGACCCCCUCCCCCGGCCCCUCGGCCUUUCCCCCUAACUCGGCCACCUCCGACCCGGGGCGCACGUUCCCCCCGGCCCGGCUCGUCUCUCCCUCCGGGGGCACCCGCUCCUUAGCCCCGGCCCGGCCCUCCCAGCGUCGCAGCACGGAGUCUCGGCGUCCCAUGGCGCAACCUACAGCCUCGGCCCAGAAGCUGGUGCGGCCGAUCCGCGCCGUGUGCCGCAUCCUGCAGAUCCCGGAGUCCGACCCCUCCAACCUGCGGUCCUAG